AGACCGCGAGUGUCAAGGUGUCAGAGGGUCCUACGCCGCCCCCCAAGUCACCCAGUGAGCACGUGGACACCCCUUAUAUAUACUGCUGCUGAUGCUACUGCAGGUCGUCAGUAAAGAUCUUGAAGGAGUAGCAGAGAGAGGGUUGGAAAGUGGGCAAGUUGAGCUAACCAACUUGAUUUUUCCCCCUCCUGAGUCUGCCGCUCGCCUGCCCGCCAGCCAGCCAGCCAGCCCGCCAGCCCGCCAGCCUGCCUGCCUGCCUGCUCGCCGCGCGCCCUGACACUCUGCCUCCGCCACGCGCCUCUGCAUCGCUCACCUAUACGGGACACACUCUUCCCUCCGCCAGGCUGCACUUGAUUCGCACCGCCGCCAUGACACCCCGCGCCCGCCCCGCCACCCUCAUCCUCGCCUCCUGCCUCCUGCUGCUGCUGCUCCUCCUGCAGAAAGGGAGCGCCAUCCCCCGAUGCAGCGUGUAUGAUCAGCCUCCGCCCAAGAACUGCAAGUAUGGCACGGCGCUGGACUGGUGCAGCAACGGCGUGUGUGCCAAGGGCCCCGGGGAGACUUGCGGAGGGUACAGAAGAGAGGAGGGCAUCUGCGGCGAGGGCACGUAUUGCGAGUGUGGGCGAUGCAGGGGCUGUUCUCCCUUCGACGCCUCCUGCCACGAUGCUCAACUCUGCUAAGCGGCCGUCACUCUAUCAACACAUUGCCAAACACCCCGUCACCUUGUCAGCACCCUGCCAAAUAUCCUGUCAUCCUACACCCCGUCACCCUGUCGUCACCCUGUCAUCACUCUGCCAGACACCUCAUCAUCCUAUCAACACCUUCUCAUCACCCUGUCAGCACCCUAUCAUCACCCUGCCAUAUACCCCAUCGCCCCACCAGCACCCAUUCCCUUCCUAUUUUCAGUUUCAAUCAUCACUCACUCUCACCGUCCUUCACCACUAAAGUUUCCAUGCUCCUCAAACUCCCACUCUCCCAUCCCACUCAUGUUGUUUCCGAGCUGCAAGACAACAGAGUACAUCCCUGACCCUUAAUUACCCAAGAUUAUAGGAAUAUUAUUGUUUCCACUUAAGCAAUUCCUGUUUACUACUUCAAGUAUAGAACAUUUCCAGUGAUACGGCGUCUAACCUCUCUUCUCUCCUUGCCCCUUAAAAUAGUCAUAAUAUACGGUGUUUUUAAGGGAGAAAUGCCGUUCCUUUGUUCCUUCCCCCUCUCCUCUUUAUCAGUAAAUUCUGUUUCAAAUUGAGAAACGGAAGGACUAAUGUGACCCGAGCUUGAAAGUUUUGACCCGUUCAGUUUAGAUUGUCAGAUAAGCCUCGCCUCCCCUCCCCUCCCUGCAGCGGCGACCAAUCACGCGCACCAAGCAAGAAGGUGGAUGGGACUUCACCAGGGUGUCACAUGCCUCAAGACUGACAAUGAUUGACUGAUCAACGCGCCACCACAAGGGAGUCAUGUGGCGGAAUCUGUGUUGAUUCACUCACGUCAAGUCGAUAUGAGUGACAUAGGGAGUCACAGAAGUCACGGGUCACACGUUAGGUCAGAUCGGAUCACGCCUGCAAAUGCAAAAACGGAUGUACGUCUGUCAGUGUAUGUCUUCCAGUAUGCAUCAUGUAUACGCACCACCAUGUAUAAUCCGUGCUUGUGAUAGCUGAGUACAAAGUAUCCAAUGUACAACAAACUGUUAUAGUUACAUUUAAGACGACUGUUUAGUGGCGAUCAGUAACUCUCAGUGGAUGAUGAACCCGUGUUGGGAAGGUUUUUUUUUUUUUUUCGUUAUUCUAAAACCAGUAUGCAUUGCAAUGUUAUGUUUUCAUGUUUCACUUCGUUUGCUCAGAAGCGAUGUUUGGCAUUUUCUUCAGCUUUAUAUUUUGUUCAGAACAUUUAUCAUUCACAAUGUUACAUUUUUAUAUUUUUCUUUUAAUUUGUCGGCUCAUAGCGAUAUUUUCUCAAAAUUAUAUAUUUGUUAUCAUUUCAGUUCGUUUACUCUGAAUUAUAACCAAUCACAAUGUUGUAUUGACCUUUUAUUCUUUAAAUUAAUCCGUUCAUAAAUAUUACAACUCAAGAUUACGUCCUUAUAAUUAUUACUACACUGUGCUGUCUCUUCUGCUAGUACUAGGUAAUCAUACUAACCAGAGAGGACAUAAAGGUUUUCUUUCUUUUGUAAUGUACCAUUUAUAUUUACAUUCUCAAGACGCAUCGCACGAAAUAUCCCCAGCAGUCAUCCACUCGCCCGCUCAACAACAAUACUCCGUCUCAUUCAACACGACUCGCCACUAUUUAUACCUGACUACUCAAUAAUACGUUACUAUAUUAUAAUCUCAUAUUUAUUAUACGAAAUAGGCUUUUAUAUUUGUGUACUGUGCUUCAAGUGUUGGCCGGAUGGGUUUCACGUGCAAUAUUCCUUGUAUCUCGGGUUGGCAGGAGGUACUUGGCUCACGGGCUCCUCACAGCUCUCCCUCCUGCGCCUCCUGCGGCCUGCUACUCCAAUAAACAUGGGUUAUUUA